AUGAACGAGGCGCAGGAGCUCGAGGUGGCCGCGCCCGUCUUGAUUGUGACGCUGCUGCUCUUGUGUUUGUGCGUGACGCUCUUGUGUCAUGGAGUGAACCCUCUCCGUGUACUGCGCUCGUCGUUUAGAGCGCCUCGACACUCGCAUGUCGCGCUCUCGGGCUCGGACGGCGAGCGCGAGGCGCUGCUCGCAGUAGACCGUAAAGCCCGGGUACGAUAUACCGGUAAAGUGCCGUUAUAUACCGACACGAUCGCAGAGCUGGCGGCGUGCGAGACACCGGGAGAGACUGAAGCGUUUAUUAACGUGAUCGAUGUCCACCGACUGCUGAAUUCCACCGUCAAGGCGCAGCACUUUGCACAAUUUUGCAGCUCUCGUUUGGAGCUCUCGGUACUGAGUGUGGGUACACUCGCGACGAUCAUUUUAUCGCUGCAAAAGUUUGCCGCCGAGCGGGUUGUCGUCUCGUGUAUCCGGAACUGUUUCUGUGCCAAGCGGCACUUGGCGUGUUUGCAGCUCAAGGACGAGGUGGACGCCAAGUUUCCUAUGUUUGACUUGAUCUACCAUCGCAUUCGGUCAGAAGUGGACCGCGAAGCGAUUCUGAACCAUUUUGAGGCAGAGGCGAUGGUACUUCGAUCGUCGUCGUCGUUUUUCGUUCCGAUGAAGCUAUUGUGUGAUAUCGACGAUACGAUGCUGGCUGCUCUCUUUGACACGCGGUAUCCGGAGCUUACGGUGUACCCGGGUGUCCACCAGUUUGCUCAGGAACUGCUUCGUCGUUCAGUUUCGAGUUGUACGAGUGCUAGUGCCGACGACGACGUCAGCAAUCGUUGCGAAGACCUGGAGAGUGGUAGGUACAAGGAACGUAAAACGGUGCAACGUGUGGCCUUCCUUACUGCCAGGCCUGAGUUUUUGCGCAAGCGAUCUUUACAAGAGCUCCGUGCAUGCGGUUUCCAGCACUUCACUCUCUUGAUGGGUCGUUUUACAAACAUGUGGGGCUCGCAGCGCAUUGCGUCAGGAAAACUUCGGAACUUUGUGCGGUACAAGCGGGUCUUUGCUGAACACCAGUUUAUCUUUGUCGGAGACAAUGGUCAGGGCGAUAUUGAUCUUGGCAAGGAACUGCUGAAAAGUCCUCAUCUGUACGCUGUGUCGGCCGUGCUGAUUCACGACGUGAUUCGUAAUCACGCCAUGAACAAACCGCCGAGCCAGCAUUGCUACCGAGGAAUGGAGUGUAACCAAAGCGGUAUUCACUCCUUUCGCACGUACAUCGGUGCGAGUUUCCACCUUUAUGCUGUCGGGCUUCUACCGCUAGCUGCUGUCAUUCGCGUCGUGGACAAAACGGCGUUGGCAUAUGCAGCCAUAGUGUUCGACUCGAGCGACCAGAAGCGGAACCUCGCGCAAGAAAUCCUAUCUGAUGUGGCUGCUGUGGUAAAUGAGUUGCCUGAUCAGCAGGCCAUGGCGCUAGUGUCCUCACUUCACGACGACAUUGUCGACAAUGGAGACGACGGCGUGUCAAACGGUAGUGUGGAGCGGAGGCAGUUCCAAUUGACGCAAGAAGAGCAGCUUCAACAGCGACUGGAGGCCGUAAGAAAGAGCGCUGCGCAUCUCUCUCGGUCAACGUCCCCCGGUCCGCGUAAAGCAGAAAGCUAA